AUGGUCCAGGUGUUGGAUCUGCCUACUCACGAAACGAAGAUCGGCCCACCGAGGCGACGGGGCAAGGCUUGUAUUACUUGCAAAAUCAGGCGCGUCAAAUGUGACUAUGGCCAACCAUCAUGUAACCGGUGUUUGAAUACGGGGCGGAAAUGCGAUGGCUAUCCAACUCGUCACGAAAAGGGACAAGAUCAGGCCCCCGUGGCCGUGCUGGUGGUAAUGAACUCUCCUGUUCCUUCGCAAUGUGACCCUGAAGCCUCGAUGGCAAUUCGGUUCUUCAUCCAAGUCUGUGCCCCGGCGAUGCUGAACUACGGAAGUUACCACUUUUGGAACGAGCUUGUGCUGCAAGCUUGCCAUGUCGACGAGAGUAUCAAGCACCUCACCAUUGCGGCCUCCCGAAUAGGGUCGCAUCGACUACUUCAGCCAUGCAAGCCACCCUCUAACAAGGAUACCGUCUUCCUUGCACACUACGGCAGAGCAUUGAAAUUGCUCAGUCGAAGCAAGAGCCCUGAUCCAGGCUUCUUACUCAUCGCAUGCCUGCUGCUCGUCCUCUGCGAUGAGUUCCAGGAUAAUUCAUUCGCAGCUAUCCAGCAUCUUAUCGCCGGCCGAAAGAUCCUCACUGCGUACCGGCCGACAGCGCCGUCGCCCCAGCGCAACGCGACCAUUGCAGAACUUGACCAGAUCUUCUCCGCGCUGGAGCUGCACACUAGCGAGCUCUAUCAUAUCACUAGACCACAAUCCAUGUCCUGGUGGUCACCCAGUUCCAGAGCUGAAGCCGUCCGGGCGAACUUCCAAGGUCACCCGCACCUCGACCCAAGGCGGAUCUGGCCUCGUAUCGAAGAAGAAGCCCGCGCUUUGCAAGACAUUGCCUUUGAAUGUACGGCGCUGCAACUAGAGGGAGCGCCUCCCCAGACGAGAUUCCAGAUCGUUCCGGGCCUCACCGCCAAGCUCAACGCCUGGCUGGGUCAGCUUACGACGUUCGAGUCUAGCAUGUACGCCCACCUCACAUCCGCAAUGCUUACGGACCUACACUUGCUCAGGACGUACCACCUCUGCCUCCACACCCUGUCGCGCUGCGACCCGUUCAGGCAGGAGGUGGCAUUCGACACGUACGCGGGCAAUCUCGAGCACAUCGUCGUGAGCUGUGGCCUGCUGAUCCGGCGCCGCAAGAUCCGCCUCGUGCCCGUCCUGUUUUUCGUGGCCACGCGAUACCGCAACGCAAGUUUCCGCCGCAGAGCCAUCGACCUGCUCCGCCAGUGCGGGCUGGACGGCCAAAUCCUGGCCAAGAUCGCCCUGAGGGUCGUCCGGAUUGAGGAGAGAGGCCUCAGCGCGCCCAUCGUCAGCUCUGAUGUCCCCGAAGACAAUCGCGUGAGAUUGGUUGAUGUCGUCUUUGAUGGCACCGACACGCGAAAGUAUCUUUUGCGGUUCACUCGUCAUCCCUACAGCCGGGCUGGUGACGGCGACAGAGUCCCCCUGGAGGAAACCGUCCUGUCGAGCCAGGCGUGCUCUUGGGCCGUUCAACCUCAGACCCCUUCGCAUGCGGUGGGUCAGGCCUUUCUUUGA